AACCUUGAAACAAUUCGCUGUCUCACCAUUUCCCUAUGAAAUUAUUUUCCGAUUCUCUCUCCAAAUUCGCUUCUUUGAUUUUUCUCCUUUAUAUAUAUUUCAUUUCCUUCAUAUUUUCCGUAACGCAUUCUCUCUCUGUUUAUGGCGCCGAGCAUUGGAGACCUCCAACUAACUUCUCCCGGCGCCGGCGAAGAUUCCGACGACCUCGAAGAUGUUCGCCUUCUUGAUUCCUAUGAUAAAAACGACGUCGUCGUCGACGGCGACACAAAACGGAUUCAGGUCAGAAUCACCGGCAUGACCUGCGCCGCUUGCUCUAACUCCGUCGAGGCGGCUCUCAAGUCCGUUAACGGCGUCGUUGACGCCUCCGUCGCGUUGCUCCAGCACAAAGCCGAGGUCGUUUUCAAGCCGAGCCUCGUGAAGGACGAAGACAUUAAGAAUGCGAUUGAAGAUGCAGGUUUCGAAGCGGAGAUCUUACCGGAGCCUGUUUCGAUGGGAGCCAAGGCGAACGGUGGCCCAGUCGUGGUGGGGCAGUUCACGAUCGGGGGCAUGACGUGUGCGGCGUGUGUGAAUUCUGUUGAAGGGAUUCUGAGGAGUCUCACGGGAGUAAAAAGAGCAGUGGUGGCUUUGGCUACUUCGUUAGGUGAAGUUGAGUAUGAUCCAAACGUGAUUAGCAAAGAUGAUAUUGUUACUGCAAUCGAAGAUGCUGGUUUUGAAGCUUCGUUUGUGCAGAGUAGUGGGCAGGAUAAGAUUGUUUUGGGGGUUGUUGGUGUGUACUCUUUGGCUGAUGCUCGGGUUUUGGAAGGCAUGCUUAGUGGUAUUAAAGGGGUGAGACAGUUUCGGUUUGACUCGUCGUUGAGCGAACUGGAUGUGGGGUUUGAUCCUGAAGUUAUCAGUUCUAGGUCUUUAGUUGAUGUGAUCCACUUGGGAAGCAAUGGCAAGUUUAAAUUGCAUGUUAGAAAUCCUUAUACUAGAAUGGCUUCUAAAGAUGGUUCAGAAACCUCAGCUAUGUUUCGGCAUUUUACUUCCAGCUUGUUUCUCAGUAUUCCUUUAUUCUUCAUGGGGGUAAUUUGUCCCCACAUACCAUUGGUGUACUCCUUGUUGCUUUGGAGAUGUGGGCCUUUUCUCAUGGGUGAUUGGCUGAAGUGGGCAUUGGUCAGUGUCAUCCAAUUUGUAAUUGGGAAACGUUUCUACAUGGCCGCUGGCAGAGCUCUUAGAAAUGGUUCAACAAACAUGGAUGUCCUGGUUGCUUUGGGAACUACGGCCUCAUAUGUUUAUUCUGUUUGUGCUCUUCUGUAUGGUGCCCUUACAGGAUUUUGGUCUCCAACGUACUUUGAAACAAGUGCUAUGCUCAUAACAUUUGUGUUGUUGGGCAAGUAUUUGGAGUGCCUUGCCAAGGGAAAGACAUCCGAUGCCAUUAAGAAGUUAGUGGAACUUACCCCUGCAACAGCUUUACUGGUCAUCAAAGAUAAAGGGGGUAAAACUAUUGAAGAAAGGGAAAUAGAGUCAUUGCUUGUUCAACCUGGUGACACAUUGAAAGUUCUUCCUGGUGCAAAGAUUCCUGCUGAUGGUAUUGUUACUUGGGGCUCAAGUUAUGUAAAUGAGAGUAUGGUGACUGGUGAAUCUAUACCUGUUUCGAAGGAGGUCAAUGCAUCUGUUAUUGGAGGUACAAUCAAUUUGCAUGGUGUCCUUCACAUUCAAGCUACCAAAGUAGGAUCUGAUACAGUUUUGAGUCAGAUAAUUAGUUUGGUGGAGACAGCCCAAAUGUCUAAAGCUCCCAUUCAAAAGUUUGCUGAUUAUGUAGCAAGCAUAUUUGUCCCUACUGUUGUGAUUUUGUCAUUAUUGACGCUCUUUUGUUGGUAUAUUGCUGGGGCUCUUGGAGCUUACCCAGAAGAAUGGCUGCCAGAAAAUGGAAAUCACUUUGUUUUUGCCCUUAUGUUUUCAAUAUCUGUUGUGGUGAUUGCAUGUCCGUGUGCACUUGGUUUGGCAACACCAACUGCUGUCAUGGUGGCAACAGGGGUUGGGGCUAACAAUGGAGUGUUAAUUAAAGGGGGAGAUUCUUUGGAAAGGGCUCAGAUGGUGAAGUACGUUAUAUUUGAUAAAACAGGCACUCUAACACAGGGGAAAGCCACUGUUACUUCUGCCAAGGUGUUCACAGGAAUGGACCGUGGAGAAUUUCUUACAUUGGUGGCUUCUGCUGAGGCUAGCAGUGAACACCCACUGGCGAAAGCAAUAUUGCAAUAUGCACACCAUUUUCAUUUCUUUGAUGAGUCUUCUACCGGUGGUACCCAGAAUGAUGCCAAAGAGUUAAAGCCAGGGUGGCUUUAUGAUGUCUCAGGCUUCUCUGCUCUUCCAGGAAGGGGUGUCCAGUGCUUUAUAGAUGGGAAGCGUGUUUUGGUUGGCAACCGGAAGAUGCUGUUGGAAAGUGGCAUAAAUAUUUCUACCGAAGUGGAAAAUUUUGUUGUGGAGCUUGAAGAAAGUGCAAAGACAGGGAUACUAGUAGCAUAUGAUGAUGUAUUAACAGGUGUCUUAGGGGUUGCAGAUCCUCUAAAGAGGGAAGCUUCUGUCGUUAUAGAGGGCCUCCAGAAAAUGGGAGUAAUACCUGUUAUGGUUACAGGAGACAACUGGAGAACAGCUCGAGCUGUUGCUAAGGAGGUUGGCAUUCAAGAUGUAAGGGCAGAGGUUAUGCCUGCAGGAAAGGCUGAUGUUGUUCGUUCAUUCCAAAAAGAUGGAAGUAUAGUAGCAAUGGUGGGUGAUGGUAUCAAUGAUUCUCCUGCAUUAGCUGCUGCUGAUGUUGGUAUGGCAAUUGGGGCUGGAACAGAUGUUGCAAUAGAAGCUGCUAACUAUGUGCUCAUGAGAGAUAACUUGGAAGAUGUGAUCACUGCCAUUGAUCUUUCCAGAAAAACCUUUUCUCGUAUUCGAUUGAAUUACGUUUUUGCGAUGGCCUACAAUGUCAUUGCUAUACCAGUUGCUGCUGGGGUUUUAUUUCCUUCGUUGGGGAUCAAGCUGCCACCAUGGCUUGCUGGUGCUUGCAUGGCACUCUCGUCUGUUAGUGUUGUAUGUUCUUCUUUACUUCUAAGAAGAUAUAGAAAACCCAAACUUACUACAAUACUUGAAAUAGUUGUAAAUUAAUGAUAAAUGAAACACAAUAAUUUCUGAGGAUGCAAUUGAAUUUCACCCUUGUGAUUCCAAUUUUGUGUAUUUCCUUCAUAUCCUCCGCACUCAUCGGGGUGCAAUUGUAAUUGUAGCUGCCAAUUCAUUGUAAAUGCACUGGUAAUUGCAUAGCUCUCCCACUCUCCCCACAAACAAA